AUGCCGGUUGUCAAGUCGUCGAGCUGUCGACGAUCGCACGGGUCGGACGAUCGGUUCAUCCCGUCCCGCGCCGCCAUGAACACAGAUCUGUGCCAGCACAUGUUGUCAUCAUACACGUCAGUGCUGCACGGACCGUCCAAGAGCCACGGCCCAACCCACAGCGAUCUGCUCUUCGCCACGCUUGUCGCCGGCGACGACCACCGCAUGCUGCGCUUUCAAUCGCCAAAGAUGGAACCCGCCGUAUCCUCCUCUCGCUAUGUUCCACUGCACCAUCGCGCCCUCGCUUUUGGUGGGUCGUUGAGACGGCACAUUCCACUCACCCCAACUCGAAUCCUGGAAGCCCCAGACCUUCGCGACGACUACUAUUUAAACCUUCUCGCGUGGGGCAGCAGCAACCUCUUGGCGAUCGCACUCGACACCCUCGUGUGCUUGUAUAACGUUGACACUGGCGGGGCGACGGCCAUUCGGGCGACAGCGUGCGAAGGAAGUGAGUAUGUUACAUCCGUGGCUUGGCUGAGUGAGCGAACUCUGGCCGUGGGCACGUCUAAUGCCCAAGUCCAGCUGUGGGACGCUUGCGCUGUCAAGUGCAUUCGAACCAUACAAGGCCAUGACGACCGCAUUGGGUCCCUCGCCUGGAAUUCGUCGUUGCAAGUGUUGUCGUCGGGGUCCCGGGACGCCAAGAUCGUCCAGAAUGACAUCAAGUCGCCGCAUGGCGCGAUCGCAGUUUUGAGCAGCCACACGCAAGAAGUCUGCGGGCUCACGUGGUCUCCUGACGGAAAAACACUUGCUUCCGGUGGCAAUGACAACCGAUUAAGCUUGUGGGAUGGCAUCAGCACGACGCCAAGGCAGACGUUGUGUCAGCACAAAGCUGCUGUCAAGGCACUGGCGUGGUGCCCGUGGGAGCGGCAUCUCCUCGCAUCUGGAGGGGGAACUGCCGAUAGAUGCAUCAAGAUCUGGCACACCAACAGCGGCACCAUGGAGCAGAGCAUCUUCACUGGGUCGCAGGUGUGUGGCCUUUUGUGGUCUCCAACUCAGAAGGAGCUCCUGUCCUCCCAUGGUUUUUCCCAGAACGAGCUGUGUCUGUGGAGCUACCCACGGAUGCACCGGAUCAAAGAAUUCACGGGCCACACCGCACGGGUGCUUCACAUGUCCAUGUCUCCCGACGGGUCGUCCGUCGUGUCGGCGGCUGCCGACGAAUCGCUUCGGUUUUGGAACGUCUUUGGCGCUGCCAAGACAUCAACGACCCCACGCUUCCAGCUCUCGUCGCUCUGCGGGGCGAACGACAUAACGGCGAUCGUGACAGGGGCCGGCCGCGGCCUUGGGCUGGCCUUCUCCCGCGCCAUCCUGGCACGAGGCGGCAGAGUCUUCAUGACAGAUAUCGACGUUACUGCGGUCCAAGCUGAAGCGCAAUCGUUGCAGCAAACGUACCCCGAACGAGUCGCCUUUCAACGACAAGAUGUGACUGACUUGGCCUCGUUCGACGCGGCGUUCGAUGCCGCCAAUCGCGCGUUCGCGUCCCAUCCCGUGAACGUAAUUGUGAACAACGCAGGCAUCGGCGGCACUGCAUUCUACUCUGCUGACACGUCCUGGACGAAUGUGAUUGCCAUCAAUACCACAGCUGUCCUUCGCGGCACCCAAGUUGGUUUGAUUCGACUGUCGUCAUCGCGAGGUCAACCAGUGGUGGUCAAUAUUGCGAGCAUGGCGGGUCUGUACCCGUUGAACGACACCCCAGACUACAGUGCAAGUAAAGCCGCCGUCGUCGCGUUUUCGAAAGCUGUGGGAUCAAACGUGAAGAAGACGAACGUACGCGUCGUGGCGCUCUGCCCUGCCUUUGCGGACACGCAGAUGGGUCGAGCCAUCCAGGAAGUAGAUGCUUCCGUCGUGGACAGAAUCGGUGGGCUAAUGCCAACUGAGUACGUUGCGGAAGCUCUGAUGAGAGCCUUGAUGGAGAGUGAAAACUCGGGCCAGGUCCUCGUCGUCUCGAAGCGUGGAGUGGAGUACCACAGCCGCAAGCCCCGCGCCAAGCUCUGA